CUGCUCUCUCCUACCUACUUUAUUUUUGACAAUGGUGGACACAAUAAAACUUAAGAAAGUCAUCCACGAAGGCGGAAAACGUGGUGUUGAGAUCGACGGCGCUACAUGUAUGGGUGGUAUGCUUUUCUUUUGCACCACUGUUGAUGAGCCCGGGGGCGAUCUUAAUCUUAUAAUCAAGUCCGUUGAGGCUAUGAACACUGAGCCAGACCCUGAUCAAGAGGAGCGCACGGGUGGCUCUAGACAUAUCGGCAAGAUGGUCUUCUCUUGUGACGAUGAAACUCUCUGUGCUGUUGCCUAUAUUCCUGAAUCCUUGAAGGAAAAGCUCGAUGCUGAGAUCUGGUUAAAAGCUAUUCUUGCUCCUUACAAUGGCAAACUUGUCAAGGCUAGCCCAGCUUUUUCCACUGGAACUAUCGCCAUCAACUCGGAGGAUGGUAAGUCCUCCCACGAAAUACGCAGCGAGGCUUGUCGACAGGCCGUCCAGUACCUGAAAGAGAGAGAUCUCUUCCCUGAAGCAUGCUCUGACUCAGACUCCGAACCGAUGGGGGAUACCGACAUGUUAGAUAACUUGUAGGAGGUAUAGAGAUACCAGUACUGUGGGAAGGUCAGACAGCAGAGUGUUAUCCGUGAAUGCUAUUUGUACGGGUUUCAAUUUGCUGGGCGUAAGUGUCAUAUUGCGCCUCAGUGAUCAGAGAUGCUGAUAUAGUAGCGGAGUAUUUUCUAUAUUCAGUACUAUGGCGGCGCUUCCUAUUCUUGUACUGGUAAGAGAUACUGGUUUAGACCAAGGGAUAUGGCCCAUAGGUAAAGCCUAUGUUUUAUUUUUAUUCUACAAUAUGUCAUAUCCACCAAAUAUACACUUGACCAAAAAA